UUGUACGAGCUAUGGUAUUUCGCGGCUUGCUGCAAGGAGUGCGCGGACAUUCAAUAUGUAGUAUUCAUACCAGUUUCCCCAAGAGAGUAGUGUGACGUGAUCCAAGUUGCCGCAGAAAUUGAAUUGGGGCAAACUGAAUAAUUCCAGCGGCCUUAUAUACCAGCUCCCAUGACCACAUCUGUCCACUCUCGUUCACCCACUGCCCUCACUCUCCCCCCCUCAACGACAUGUCCUUCAGCAUCGCUCGCUCUCUGAUAUCCAAAGCACGCCCUCUAGCACAGCGCUCGCCCGCGGCGACGCGCUCGUUCUAUUCACCUUUUGCCGUUCUCGGAUCGUCGUCAGUCACAACGGCACCACCACCAUCUACCGAGGGCUGGUACGAGAAGCAGACAGAGCAGUCUCCAGACCCCGAUGCGUAUGAUGGACACCGUACCUAUAUCGUCUCCCCCGACACAUCUAGUACCCCGUACCAUGUCCCUUUGGGCGCGUACCCGGUCUCCUCACCUUUCACGGAAGAGUGCUAUUCAAGCGGCGCUCGAUUCAGCUCUUCUGGUAAUGGGUUUGCGCACCCAAUGACCACUUGCACUGCGCACGGUGCGAAGAAGGGUUCAGAAUGAAGGCGUUUGAUAUCAGCGGCCCGAGUCGGUCCUAGCAUUUUUUGAAUCUUGGAAGUCUUUUCUCUGUUCUGUUCAUGGUUGUCUUUCUGUAUCAUCAAGUACUCAUUAUCUUCGCUGGU